AAUACAAUUACAGCGAUAAAUGCAAACUUACUAUUAUGUGAUGAUUUGUUUACUCAGAGUAGUUUUCAUUUUGUUUAACAGCAAAUGAUGUCCUAUUUGUUUCAAAAUUCCUGCCACACUGGAAUCAGGAAAACUGUUCUAUAAAUCCUAUUUGUUCUUCGUUUCCUGUCCAGUGUCACACUAUACUUAGCAGUUUUGGGGAUUUUUUUGGUAAGGCAGUGCAUAUCAAACUUAAAGCAAGAACCAUUUCUUACAGCCUUGGAACAUUUGACAUAUUACACUGCUUCAUUCUCUCCCUUGUUUCAGCUCUAUGUACAAAUGAAGACCACCAGGUUAUCUCUUGAGCUGUCUGGAGGGGAGAAGGAAGCAAUGCACUGCUUCCCUUAAAAAUUGCUUUUACAGAGAGGAGGAAUUGUGGAAAGCUGUCAUGGACUACAGUUACCAACAGGACUGCAUGUUAUCAGUGGCAUUAAUCUUUUAAGAAAGAAUGUGGGACAGAAGGAAGCCUGUUUGCAGGUUGCUCAUACAAAUAAAGGAGAACGUUGGAAGGUGGUGGAAGCUAAGCAGUGAGAGGAAAUUCUGACUGGUACUAUGGCGGUUGCACAUUAACAAAGAUGAACAAGAAAGGAAUGAGGAGCAGAUGGAAAAGGGAGGAUAAAGCAGAGAGCAAAUAUAGAAAAGUGGAACACAGAUGCCCUCGGUUCUUAGAAAUGAGUAGAAAAAGAAGAAAAAGCUACAAGGGCAGAAAGAGCUCUGAUUCCAGAGAAUAUGAACAGUUAUCAUCCAUGUGUAAAUGCCAGCAAAGUGUAGGAAGCCUUGAAAAUAAAGCAGAUGAGACUCUGGCUCACUUUGCAGAGCCGCUGGAUGUAAAGAUUACUGGAGAAGAUGGAAAAGAUCAUGUAAACAAGAAUCAGAGUAGCUCAGAAGCUUCUGAAGAUAGAGAUCUUGAUAACGUAUCAGACAGUGAAAAAGAAGGAAAGAAGGAAAAGAAGUGCCCUCUUAAAAUGUUUUCUCCUCAACAAGAUGAAAUCCUAGCUACAGUAACUUUUGGUGAAUCAGAGGACUCAUCCAAGGGAAAAAUUACACUAUGGGGCAAGCCAGACUCUUCAGAGUCCAUUAGCUUGACCACUGGAAAAAUUUCUGCAGAAGUAAAAUAUGGUUCUUUUAAUUUGAAAGUAGAAAUUAAGAAUGUUUCUUUGUCUGAUUCGGGAACAAAUAUUGUGGCUGAAAAAAAGAAAAGUUCAAAGAACAAGAAACAUUGUCAUGAAAGACAAUACCAGAAAAGUCAAUGUUCAAAAUGUUCAAAGUACCAGUGUCCUUCAACUUACCAUUCAGGAGAAGACAUUGGGAAAUACAGGGGAUCCUCUAAAUAUAAAAGUCCAACUGCCAUCAGUGGAAGUGCCUCCUUGGAAAUGAACAUUGAAGCAAAAGAAAUUCAAGUGCAAUAUACCAGCGGAAAAAAAAAUCUGAAGGUUAACAUCAAAGCUGGUGAGCAGGCACAGAGCAAAGCAUCCAACAAGGAACAUGAAGAUAUGUACUGGAGUGAAACAGAUUAUUCUGUAACAGAGGCACCGUGUAAUACAGAUUGUGAGUCAUCUUUUAGCUUUCAUGAAAAAGCAGAUUAUACAUUCCCAGAUGGAUGUACACUUCUCCCUCCACCUAAAGAAUUUGCUGACUGUGACAAAAUGCAUCUGGAUACAAUUGCAGAGGGGGUGUCUUUGUACCCUGUUAAUAGCAGAAAGGACUCUGACAGCCUCACUACAGCCUUGAGUAUUUGGGGGAAAGAAAAUUUUUUCUGUAAACUUAACAAAGUGGACUAUGAAGACCACACCAAUGAAAAGGAAGAUUUUUCAAAAGACAAAAUAAUUUUGUCAAAAAUAAAUAAUACAAAUUGUCUUGUAGCUAUUAAUACUUUGUAUAACCCAAACAAUGGGAAAGAGUGUAUAGGUAAGAACAAUGUAUUAGGUCAAGAAAGAAAUAACUGUGACAAACACAGAGACACAGGGCAAAAAACAGCGAGAAGUAAGUCUUUCCCAGAUACUACCCUCAACGUACCAUCACCAGUUUAUCCUAGAAGGGAUUCUGGCUUUUAUUCAUUGCCAUCCUUAAAAGUAUUGCGUAAGGAGACUAAAGCAGGGGAUAACAGGAACUCACAUAUUCUUACCAAAUAUACAGAACUUUCUAAAUGUCCUGACUUGACCUCCUCACUGACAGAGCUUUGCAAGUGCCCUGACUUGACUUCUCCACUGAGAAAUUUGAGAAGUCUUAAGUCUUCAUAUCGGUAUGCUUUCACAUCAUUUGAUCAUGAUGUUACCAUUUAUCCAUCUGAGCCUGAAGAAAGUCUAGAUGGCACUUAUUUGCUGAAUGACUAUGCAGACUGUGCAGGGCAAGGUGAAGAAACAGAAGAAACAUUAAUGGAGAGUCUUCAUUCCAGUGGUACUAUAAAUGACAGAAAGGAAAAUGGGUGUGAAGAGCCUCUGAGAAAUCUGGCCAUGUGGAAGGAAGACUCUGAGUCCACUGAAGAAGCUUUAGAUAAAGGGGCACCAGAGUACAACUAUAGAGAAGAGCACAUGGAAUGGCAGAACAAAGCUGAGCUGGUACAGUUCAGUCCACAUUCUAGAAGCUCUGCAGGUGAAUUCAUUAAUGACAAGGAGAGUACUAAGGACGCAUCUACAGAAAACAUCCCAAAACAACUUUCAGCCUUAGAGCUAAAUGUUCACCCACCCUCUGCAGAGUCUGAGGUAACAAAUAACAGAAGAGGAUCAGUACCAACUGACUCUCCAGUGAUAAAUGGAGAACUAGAUAGAAGAUUGAUCCAAGAUGAUACUACACUGACACCUGAAUGUUUUGGCUCUGCAAUAAGAAAAGAUACUAACCUAUCCUGCAGUACACCAGAAAAAUCUUUGCUAUCAUCGUUGUGGUUAGAUCCCAAGGAGCAAGACAUAAAUAAAGAAUCAGAAAGCUUUUCUGAGAUACAAGACCUAUCUGGGAAUAUCCUUGUUGGAUCUGAUUGCCAUGAUUCAGCAGAGGCUUCCAUAUUAUCUACGUCUUCAGCAUGUACAGAAAAGAAAGAGAAUUCCACAGAACAUUCAGAUGUUAUGGAGAGGUCAGAGAACUUUUGCAGUAAACAGUCAAUUGAUGAUACCUUAAGGAGAGAGCCUGGAGCACAUCAACAACCUCACUUAGCCAAAUCCAACUCUGAAGAAAUUGAGAAAGGUUUUGAAAUUAAAGAAGAUUAUUAUGAGAAUGCAGAUAUCCCCCUAUCAUCAGUAAAACAGAUUAAUCAGAAAGACUUGAAAUCAGAAAUGAAUAAAACUAGAAAGCUACCUUUGAAGAAGGACACCAGAGCAAGUGACAGUUCCCAGGAAGAUGCAAUAGAUCAGUGGGCCAGAAGACGGAAACAGUUCAAAGACAGCAAAAAAUGCAGUUCAACUGGAGGAAGCUCCAUAAACAGCACAAUUACUGAGGGAUCAAUAAAUUCAGAGGAUGCUCGAUCAGUAGAUCCAGGACUACAUGCUGAAAAUGAAGACAGAGGUUUUUAUACAGAAAACUUUCAUUCUGCUUCCUGGGUUUUCAGAGGAGAUGAUGUCUCUCCGGAUAACAGUCCUAGGUGUCUCAGCAAAAGACCUAGACCAGUGGCAAUUCGAGAAAGAACAGUGAAGAUUGCUAAAGGAACUGGUAAUUACCCUUGGGGUUUCAGGAUCCAGUUCUCAAAGCCUAUCCUUGUGACUGAAGUUGACACAAAUAGUGCAGCUGAAGAAGCAGGGCUUCAGGUUGGGGAUAUUCUGAUAGCAGUCAAUGGAACUGAUGUCACCAGCAUGCCACAUUCAGAAGCUGCCAAUCUGGCAAGGAAAGGUCCUGAUAUCCUGACUAUGAUCGUGGGAUCAGACAUCAGCCGUUACCCCAACACCCCCAGACCUACCUGCCGAGGAUAUCUGCAUAAACGAACACAGUCAGCCAUUCUGAAGGGCUGGAGAAAGAGGUGGUUUGUGCUGAAACACAAUGGGUACCUGCACUAUUACAAACACAAGAAGGAUGAAGGGAAGUGCAAACCCCUGGAAGUAACAAAACUGGAAGGAGCAGAAAUUGGUGUUGACACCAGUUUGGGGAAACCAUUUGUUUUUAAAUGUAUACCUCAAGCUGGAAACAGAAUUUUCUAUUUCUGUGCAACUUCCAACCAAGAAAUGAAGAGGUGGCUGGAGGCUAUGGAUAAAGCAGUGCAUCCUGUCCAUCAGAACCAUGUGUGGGUAGAUGUCACACUGCAUAACACUACACUCCCACCCUUGGCUAUUAAAAAUCCUGAGUGCCUGGGGCUUCUGCACCAGCUGGACAGGAGCAAAGAUGUCUGGAUUCAGCAUUACUGCAUUCUGAAGGAUGGCUGUUUGUACUUUUAUGCCACUCUCCGGUCUACACCUGCCCAAGGUGGCCUUUACCUGCAGGGCUAUAUUGUGAGUGAACAGUCUCUGGGCUCCAAGAGAUCUGUAAUUGAACUCAAACCUCCAUCUGAAGAAUUUAAAACCUUUUACUUAUGUGCAGAGAAUGUAAAUGAAAACAAAAGGUGGAUUACAGCCUUGAAAGCUUCAAUUAAUAAAUGGUUACCCCUACACCAGGCAAUCCAAGAUUUCAUGAACAGACCACUGGAGGAGACAAGGAUGUGAGAAGGCGGCUCAAUUUUUCCCCAGUUAUGUUUUGCAUUUUAAAUUUCAUGCUAUGUCUUAUGAUUCAUCUCAAAAGAUGCUCUAGCAGCAGCUACUCUUUAGCAUUGGCAUACAUUCAUAACUUUUGUAAGCAUUAGUAAAUAAAUGCAAAGCAAUGUUGCCUUCUUUGUUACUGUCUUUAUUUUGU